AUGAAUAGGUUGGAUAGUUCAUCGAAGCAGGACAAAGACGAUGACAAUAUACGCGGAAACUGUACAAAACAAGGCAAAUUAUUGGAGUUGGAUUUGGACUAUCUGGAGCGUGGAGGCGUGGGCAACAUGACGGUGAGCGGCGCACCCAGCGUUGAGCCCAGCCCGGACAGCUUGGAUCUCAUCAAAGUGGUACUGCUUGGCGCCCCUGCAGUUGGAAAAACUAGCAUUAUACAGCAAUUCGUUUGGAGCGACUUCUCAGAAGAAUAUGUGCCUACCGACCGGAAGCACACGUUUUAUCCAUCGGUGAUCAUUAACGAGCACUUAUAUGAAGUUAAAAUAACAGACGUACCUGUUAUACCAUACUUUCCCAUCAAUUCUUUCUAUGAAUGGGCACAUUAUCGCUUCUAUGGACUAAGAAAUGCUACGGCAUACAUACUUGUGUUCGAUUUAUCGAAUGUAGAAACCUUUCAGUAUAUAAGAACAUUGAGAGACCAGAUGGUUGAGAGUCGGGAUAUGAGAAACGUACCAGUUUUGGUGGUCGGCAACAAACAGGACCUCCUUUGCAGCACAACUCCUUCAGCGGCCAGUGGACUACAGCAAUUGGCAAUGGCAGAAAGUGCUUGCAGUGAUUCAAGAGAAAAAAGAAGGAACAUUGUUAACCUAGUUCGUAAACACUGGAAGUGCGGUUAUGUAGAGUGUUCUGCUAAAUACAAUUGGCGAGUAAUUGCAUUGUUUAAAGAACUAAUGGAGAUGAUAGAUGCUUUAGAGUGGAGUGGUGGAGGCAGGAGUUCUGAACCUCUGCCAGAUUCCUCGACAGGUGGCGGUUCUUCACAUGAAAAUCGCUGUGUUGUUGCU